AUGUCAUCGACACCACGAAAAUGCAAUGAUCAGACAAUUUACUUCAAACUUCCAUGCACAAUAAAUUUGUCAACUUCUUCUCCAGCCGCACAGAACGAACAUUACGUGCAUCCAUCUGUUGAUCGACGUGUUUGUCUCAAGGCCGGUGUUAAAGUACAGAAAAAUCCCAUUGCUACUGCAACAGUAUCGUCGGCAACUCUACCAAACACGUCAAUGACGAACACUUCAUCCCCGACGAACAAUAAUUCGUCGCGCUUAUUCCCGAGAAUCUUCGGUAAUAAGAAACUGGAAUCGAUUCUUGCACGACUCGACGAUCCACACAUCAAUCCACAAUUAGUCGAAACAAUGGACGAAUCCAAUCCGAACAUCGUCUUAGAAUUUCUUCUCGAAUCUAAUAAACAUACUCAAAUAACGAAUAACUUAUCGGAUGAUGAUAUUAUCAUAAUAUUAAAAUAUUUCAAUGAUUUUUUAACAAGUGGUUUUCAAGGUAAUUUUCAAAAAUUACGUGAAUUGAAAAUUUAUAAGCCACUUUGGGGCAUUGCAUCCACGGAUGACAAACAACAGCCAAUUCAGCAAUGUUGUUCAUUGGAAAACUUUGCACACGUGUAUAUUCUGAAUGAAGAAUGGUCGAAUAUAAUUCGGCGUUCGUUCAAACGAAAUUUCUUCACCGAACAGUUCCAUGAGAAGAAAACCGUUUUACUAAUGCAGAAGAAAAUCGAACCGUUGAGUAAAAUCUUCACACACAUACGAUUCAUCAUCCCGUCGGAUAUGGAGAUCUUUUCUCAAUUGUGUUUGCCGCAUUUCAGAAAACUAGAUGUUCGAUCACAAGCGAAUCUACUGAAAUAUUUUACCGAUGAUAUCGAUGAUAAGUUAUUUCAACAUGAAAAAGAUCAAUGUCGAAAGCAACUGCACGAUCACUUGGAAAUCUUUACACAAUCGGCAAACAAUCAUCAUCAUCAUGAGCAUUUACAUAGAACAAUGGGAAGUUCGAGAUCAUCGCGUGAUCCACCGGAAAUCUGUCCGAUCUUUGAAUUGUACGAUCCACAUAUAAAAAAUAUCCGCUCAAUAUUAGAUGUUCAUCAUUUUCCCGAUGAACAAUUUCACACGCCAACAAUGCUCAAGUUUCUUAAAGAAUGCGGCCUUCGUUCGUAUAUUCCAACCGAUAAGUGUAAACAAAUCAUGGAAUCAAUCCAAUUGAAUGUUAAACAAGAAGGUUGGACGAAUGAAUUGCGUAAACGUUCGAAAUAUCUCUACGAACACUUACUCACCAACUGGACACGUUACGAUAAUUCCAUCCUUGAUUAUAAAUUUCUCGAACCCCAUCAAAUGCAUUUCGAAAGUGAUGAUCUCAUGCAAUUGCACGAACAAUACACAAAUUCUUCGGAUAAUAUCAAUCCUGCCGAACAUUUUCGACAUACGUGUAUUAAGCUAAGCGAUGGUGAAUUGCUGAAAGAUGCGAGAUUAUGUUGGACAUCGUCGUAUUUAUUGCCAGAAUUCGUUCGCCUUGAACAGUAUGAUGAUUUCAGUGAAAAACAACAACCCAUCGAACAGAAUGCACUGGACUUCUUCAAAUUAAAUAAAAAACCAUCGUACGCUUUGGUACAAAAGAAUCUUUCCAAUCUUGCCAAGAAAUUCUCGCUUAAAUACCAUAAAAUCAAUAAUAAUCCCAAAUCAUCUCCAACAGUCAUUCCCCAACAAGGUACUGACGAUAUUCUAAUAUCAGUAUUGAAGACCAUUUAUCAUUAUUUCCAAUACGAGAUCAAACACGAACGUCGCGCCGAGAUUUACAAAGAAUUAGAAGAUCGAGAAUGCAUUUAUUCUCGUACACGUCGACAAUUUCUUCACGGCAAAUAUUUUUGUUUGAAUCUACCCAUCGCCGAUGAAAUUCCUCCGUUUUUGUUCUCACUCGAUCAAGAUUUUCAUGAGUAUAAAGAAUUCUUUCUACAUAUCGGUGUUCAAGCCGAUCCUCACCCGAUGUUAUACGGCGACAUUCUUCGGAAAUUGUCCAAGGUCUGCGACCAAGACUAUCUGAACUCCAAUGAAUUGUGCAAAUCGUUGAAAGCAAUGGAAUGUUUCUUUAAAUACUUAGCUAUUAAUUCAACGAUUAACUCGCAAACAAAACUACCUGGUCUUUACCUUGUAACGAAUGAUUUUAAAUUAGUCAAAUCUAAUGAUAUUGUCAUCAUGGAUGACAAGAGCAAACUUGAUUAUAUGACGAAAUUAGUUCAUGAUAAAUUCAUGUUUAAUCCAAAUGAACGUGUGCUAAAACUUGAUCCUAGUCCAUCGACAACGAAUACGAAAACAAAUUCAUCUAUAACACAUGUGAAAGAUAUCAUUGAUAAGAUCUUUGUGAGCCAACGUCCGGUACUUUUCUCGCAGAAGUAUGAAGAAUCAUUUUCGAUCACGAUUCCCGAAGAUGAAGAAUCUCAUCGACAGCGUUUUCUUUUCAAUUUGGAAAGAAAGUACAACCAGUUGUUGUCCUCUCGACAUUUACAUCGUUGUAUGGCACGUGUGAUUGCCAAUCACGUCGCUCGACAACAAAACCCGAAGAUUAUCUCCAUGGAUGAUGUGGAAAAUCUCAUUCGACAACGUUUAACAUUUGUGAAAGUCACUUGUGUCGAGUACCUCGAAACAAACUUAGUUUACAAGAAAACUCAACAGAAAGUCGAUCAAUCUGUGGAUGAAAAAGCUGUUUAUUUGGUUGCCGAAGGUGAAGAGAACAUUACGUUAUACAUUAGUAUGAAACACACUGAACAGCCUUAUUUUACCUUAUGUUUGGCACGAGCAUUGAGUCCGUGCCUAGGCUUAUCCGAAUUACAACUGGAUAAUUCAGUCGUAGCUGCUUUACUGGCCACAACCAUUGGACAAAUGUCGAAGUUUUUAAAUUUAGUUAACGUAGCCACCGAAGAAAAUAUUUUAUCAACGCUCAAAUUACAGUAUAUCCCAUCGCCGGGCAAUGUGUAUGGCGAUGAUAUCGAACAAUUACAACAAUUCAAUGUGGAAUUGCAUCAAAUUUUACCUGGAGAUCUGUGUGUUUACCGUGAUAAUGAUUUGUAUAUUUAUUGUGAAGUAGAGAAGAUUAUUAAAGAAUAUCCGCAUCAAGCAACGAAUGAUCAGGAAAAUCGCUCAUGGAAGAAGAGUAAUUCAUCAUCAAUCAUAGCAUCCUAUGUGUUUAUUUGUCGAGUGAAUGAUGCAAAAGAUACUCAACGAAUCGAAGCAGCAAACUUUUAUGUUCUCGAACAUUGGUCACGAAUCUUCGAUGCUGUGCAUACGAAACCUGUGGAUGAAAGAGAAACAUUCAAAUCGACAGCAUCGAGUUCAUCAAGUAAUACCCAAGGAAAAACUAACGGCGAAAAGGAUAAACAUAACAACGAGAAGUAUUCGUCAUCGUCGCGACGAUCGGAACGAAAUCAUUUCGAAAGUACUGGCUUUAGCAGUGAUUCUGGUUCAACCAAUGGGUUCGAUAAUACGAAAACUCAUCGACAGACAUCUGCUGACAGUGAUUCCUCGAGUAACCCAACAACGGAUUCUCAAUCGGACUCGGAAUCAGCCCAAACCAAUGAACAAGAUACGAUCGAUAAAACUGAACUAGAGUUGACGAAGACAGAAAUUUACAAUGCUGUUCGACAAGCUUUUCAACUAACUGGACAAGAACGAAAGAAAACUGUGAAGAAAUUAUUACUGAAAUGGCAUCCCGAUAAAAAUCCCGGUCGUGAACGUUUUGCUGCCGAAGUAUUCAAACAUUUACGUAAACAAAUAGAUCACUUCGAAAACGAUCCUCUCACAUCGUUCUUCAAUACAUUCAAUAACUUUCAUCAUUCACCAUUCUCAGCCUCAGAUCCGAAAUUCAGCUGGAACAAGCACAGUUCGACCUCAACGAAAUCCAAUCAACAAUCGAAUUCAUCGUCAGCAACAGCGGAUGAUCGGUUCGGCAGUUUUGAUAACUUGAAUAAAGACGCGAAUGAUGAAACCAAACGUAGCUAUCAAGACAUACCCAAUGGAAGUAACAAUAAAGACCAUACAGAUAGUCACGAUGCCGAUGGCGGUUCCAAGGGUCGAUUCAGUCCACAUCGCUCAUCGUCUUUUCGAACAGCGCGUGAAGAAUGGCAGUAUCGUCGUCAGCAUGGCUUUCAACGACGCCAUGGAUUUUUCAGUACAGCAGAAGAAAACGUUGGACCAACGAACUCCAAUGGCACCAAUUCUCAAGCAACCGGAGGAAAAGAAAGUCCAAAUGCACGUCGAAAACGUAACUAUCAACAAUCAGAAGCCGACCGAUGGCUUAAACAAGCACAACAUGAUCUGGAAAGUGCAUACAGUGACAUGCAUUCAUCGACUGGUCAAGUUGCCUAUGAUUGGGCUUGCUAUAAAUGCUACCGAGCGGCAGAAAAAGCAUUGAAAGCUUAUCAUUAUUAUAGAGACACAGGAAAGAAUAUGACUGCAGAUAUUCCUGGAUUAUUAAUCGGUGUUGACAAUGAUGUCAGAGAAAUUGGUUAUAAAUUAUAUAAAUGGAUUGGCGAUCCAAAUCGUAUGCAAUAUCCCAAUGCAGCACGAUUUGCUAAAAUUCCCGCUGAAGUGUUCACAGUUUCUCAAGCUGAGCAAGCCAUUGAAUAUACGAAAGAACUAUUGAAGAAGAUCGAAGAUAUCAUGUAUCCAUAA